CGGUCAGAGACAGGUUAUCGCCUCCUCCGCUUUACCAGCGUCCCGCAGUCAAUAGUCCGGCAGGUCCGUCGUGUGUGUGUUACCACGGGACACGUCUUAUCAGAGCUAGCUACAGAAAACGGCGUCUUGGCCAGGGCAACACAUCGCAAAUGGGGCUAAGUCGUCGCAUAUUUUUUUUAGUCUUCAUCAUAGGAACAGCUGUCGCUGUUCUGCUGGGAUUUCUUUAUGAUGAUGCACCCGCCUUCAAAAGCAAUGGCUACUGGGGUACAAAGAACCUUAAACAGGUCGAAGAUACACCAAAGGACAACCCCGUCGUCCAGAAGUUCAAAGUCCACGUCUCCGACGACGUCCUAGCAGAUUUAAAGCGCCGUCUGCUGCUAUCCAGAUUUACACAGCAGCUAGAUGAGUCUGCAUCAUCCAUCACUCGGCAGGCACUGAAAGAUAUUCUUGACUAUUGGACCAACCAGUAUGACUGGAGAGUGCACGAAAAUCAACUCAACCAGUAUGCACACUUCAGAACUGAAAUCGAAGGAAUAAAGGUCCAUUUCCUUCAUUCAAAGCCAAAGGUCAUUGACCCCAAGUCAAAAGUAUAUACGUUGCUCAUGAUACAUGGAUGGCCAGGAUCCCCUGUAGAAUUCCUAAGGAUUCUGCCUUUGCUGACACAACUAGACCACGGAACUGCUUUUGAAGUUAUUUGUCCAUCCAUUCCAGGCUAUGGCUUUUCUGAGGUUCCUCACAAGGAAGGGUUUGGUACUGCCGAUGCUGCAAGGGUGUUUGUCAAGCUGAUGGAACGUAUUCAGCGGAAGCAGUUCUACAUCCACGGCGGAGGCUGGGGAGCUAAGAUCGCCAAGCAGAUAGCGCUGCACUAUCCACACAGGGUUCUAGGAGCUCACUUCAGCACAGUAGACUUGCAACCUCAUUUCUUGGAUACGCUGCAGCUUGCUGCAAAGUCACUUCUCGUAUCGUUCCUGUUCACUAAUGGAGUGCCUCCAGAACCUACAUCUCAUCCACUGGAAGGAAGCGGCUGGCAGCUACCUGGUGAGACAGGAUAUCGACUGUACCCUAUGAGACCUGACAUUGUGGGCGUUGCCCUUCUGAAUUCACCAAGUGCACUGGCAGCGUAUCUAUUGGAGAAGUUUCCUACUCAGACGUUGGCUUGCAGUUUCGGGAUAAGAAAUGCUGAGCCCAAAGCACAGGAUUUGCUGGAUGACUUUCUGACCAAUAUAAUGCUGUACUGGCUCUCAAACUCCAUCACAACGAGUGUAAAAUAUCACAAAGAAAAUAUGGGCAAAAUCUUAUUUGCCAGACCGAGCAGGGCUAAGGUGUCAGUCCCUGCAGGAUUUUCAUUGUUCCCAGAGGAACCGACAUCAGUUUCAAGGAGCGCUGUAAACAUGGAGUACGAUAAUGUCGUCACCUUCAUUGAACAAUCGAAAGGAGGACGCUUCGCAGCAAUGCACGAACCGGAACUCCUUGCUAAGGACAUCCGGGACUUUGUAGCGACUGUAGAACGAGGAAGCAAUACGAAAGUAUACCAAGGACCACCAAUAGACUUCCUCUUCACCAUCACAGAGCCGCAAGCUCCAGUUGUUACGCAGUCUGUUCCAGAGGAAGUAGAACGUCAAGCCGAAAAACCACCACGUGUAAGGGCAGUGCCACCACAGAGGUUCGAACCAAAGCCCGUCACGCAAGAGAAAGAACGUGGGGACAAAGGGCAGAGAGAGGAAAGAACGCACAGCGUGCCAGACAAAAGGUCCAGUAAUAGUGCAAUGCCGAGUGCAAACCGUGGAGAACCUCCUGCAAGAGCUUCUUCACCAACCAAGCCGUUGGCUUCAUCAGCAUCCCAAGCAAGAGAAGGUGAGAAAUAUGAUCCAACAGCCAGGCCAGUGCUUCAACGAACAAGCGAGACACCAAAGGCUGAGGAUCCUCAACGAGUCCCCAAGGUACGGCAGGCAGCCAAUUUUGGUUCUACUGAACAAGGCACUGCAAAAAACAAAGCUACACCGUCUGCAAAGCAAGGGGGUGUGCACCCAAAGCAGACGGUUGAAAAUACGGCACAAAAGGAUGAAAAGCCAAAACUGAAAGCAGGUUCACCACAAGCGACCAAUGUUCCAGAGGGUUCUGCAAAGCAAGGGGGUGUGCACCCAAAGCAGACGGUUGAAAAUACAGUGCAAGGUGAAAAGCCAAAACUGAAAACAGGGUCACCACAAGCCGCCAAUGUUCCAGAAGGUUCUGCAAAGCAAGAUGUGCAUCCAAAGCAGACAGUUGAAAAUACAGUGAAAAUGGAUGAAAAGUCAAAACUGAAAACAGGGUCACCACAAGUGGCCAAUGUUCCAGAAAGGUCUGCAAAGCAAGAUGUGCAUCCAAAGCAGACGGUUGAAAAUACAGUGAAGACGGAUGAAAAGUCAAAACUCAAAACAGGGUCACCACAAGCAGUCAGUGAUGCCCCAGAAGGUUCUGUAAAGCAAGCAGCAAAGACAGAUAAGGAAGAAAGAGUUAAGAGGCAAACUGUCUAGCGAGGAACCGCAACGCCCGUCAGCGAGAAUGAAAAACUGUCGAAGAAUAUGCAACGUAGCUCAAAAGAAACGCGUCAAACGACGACUCCCCCACUGAAGAUGUGACCAAGUCAUGUUACUGAUUCAGGACUAGUUUGUUCUCGGUUUUAGUGCAGCGGCACUGGCACUAGUUUUGUGGAACUGGUCGGAGUCACCUCAGAAAGAAAGCGCUUUCAAACACCGGAGAAAGAAACUGCUACAGCAGAGGCGGUGUAUCUUUCAUCAAAAAUCGAAGAAAGAGAGAGGCAGAAUUCUGUGACUGUGGCGGAAGACUGACUGUUUCCUCUUUUCUAUUUUGGACGAGAGAUGGCGCCAUAUGUAUCAGCGGCAGAGCCGUUUUAUUAGCAGUUUCUUUCACCGGUUCCUGAAAGUGCUUUCUGACCUGGCUCCGACCGGUGCCUUGCUGCUCCACCAUGCGGCGACCGACCUAUCGACCCUAUGCAUCACACUGGUUCCAGAAAACUCUCUAUUAAAAUACACUGUGAUACCGUACGUGCUUCCACAAUGGACGUACCUUUUACCAUAACUUUAGGCCAGAGAGAGAGUCGUCGUUCCCAGGACCGAUGUCAUGGUCAUUGUUUGAAUUGUGACUCGAGGUCUCCUUCCAUUCGACAGAGGGCCCAAGAAACCCCCGGUUAUCAAAAAGCUUUUACAAAAAUUUGGGAUGAUUGUGCACCACACCAGUACGACGCACUUGCAAACAGUUUGUCGCAGUAGCAGCAGUCCUUGGCUAGCAGCUCACGUCAUUGGUUAAUCAGCCCUGCCCUUCUCCUCUUCAACGGGAGUCUUUCAGACAUAUGUCGGCACAGUGCCCUUAGAAGUCGGCCCAGGGAGUCAGUCCUGACGUUGCCCACCCUUGUGAGGCCGACAAUGGCGAGCCCUUUCACCAUCAUCACCACCAACGAGACGCACGUCGCCCCGGCGCUUUCCCGCUGGCUGACCAACGUGAGAUACUGGUCGGAUGUACUGGAAAAUGUUGGGGCUUAAACGUUAAAAAAGGAAAAGAAAAAGAGGGAGAGAGAAAGAAAGAAGCCCAAGAAAGUGGGGUUGAUUGUGUGACUAACUACGGUAUGUGCUUCUAUGCAAGUGAAGAAACACUCAACAGGGAGUCUUAGUGCAUCGUUCGCUAUUGCCUUUGAGUACGCAAGGGAUAGCGUUGGUGAUUCUGCGCACACUCAAAACAUAAAGAGAGCUUCGCGCAGUGCGCAGAACCACCACGGUAUCCCUUACGGACGCAAACGCGAUAGCUGUAUGGUAAAACUCACUAUUAAAAUGAUAAAACUUACUAUUAUUCUCGUUUGAAUAGAGAUAAUUUUGAUGGUAAACGAUCGCUACCGAACCGCAACAGAUUGUGAAGGCAGUAGAGCUCGAUCGCUCCAGUGGGGGCUGAGGAGCAAUGGAUGUCUGUUGGCAAAAGAACUCAAAGCAAAGCCUACUAUGGGGUAGGCGUAACCACUUUGGAAAGCUAACGACAGUGGUUGUUCUGUGACUAUAUUUUUAUUUUUAAAAGAUGCAGCUUCUUUUUUUCUUUUUUCAGUUUCAAGUAGAGUCCAUUGGAAUGGAAGUUUUCUGAGCAUAAUUUUUAUUACUAGUAGUUCUAUGUAUGGUCUCAGUUAACUGAUCUCAAGGUGGGACUAGCUGUGGGUAGUAGUUUCUGUUUCCAUUCCAAGUGCGGGUGAGACUAAGGUCAGCGCAUCAUGGUAUGCUAGAGGUGCGAAAACAAUGAGGUACCAAUGUGAUAUUCUAAACUUGCGCUAUUUUUAGGCCAUACUCGUCAUGUUUGUGCAUGACGGCAUACAGGAAAUAAAUCAAAUGGAGUAUGCAUUUUAUGGUACUGAAUGUUAAUAGACUCUUCGCAGUCUGCUGUGAUUCAACAACAUUUCAUUCCUGUCAAUAUUCGUUCCUUGCAGUCACACUUCAUUCCAGCAUGCAUGGUUAUUGUUGUAGUGUACUUUGACUGUCGCUAUGGAUGUUGACUUUUGUAUUUUGGCUAUAUAUCUUUUCUUUUGUGACAAAUAUGCCUCUCACAGUUUUCUUGAUUGCUUCCGGACCUUUCUUGAAGGAAUAAAUGAAUGAAUGAAUUCUAA